AUGUCGGACGGCAACGUCGACGACGACAAACAUGCCGCCAUGGAUUUGAAAGCUCUCGCCAAGCGCAGCUUCCACGUCGCUGAAACCACGGGCUGCCUGACGCUGUCGCGCUUGCACUUGGAGCAGUUGCCUCCAUCCGUGCAAAACUUGCCGUGGCUGGUAGAACUCGAUUUGAGCCACAACAACAUGAGUCGAUUCCCGGGAGAGUCGGUGGCCCAGUGCCUCACCCGUCUGCGUGUUGUAAACCUCGAGCACAACCAUCUGCACUGCAUCGAAGAUGUCCUCGCCCUCUCGAGGUUGCCUCAACUCGAGUCCCUCAACGUCCAUCACAACCCCAUGCCGCUCGUUCAGAAUCGAAUCUACUUUUUGGAGGCACGGCAUCUUCUCUGCAUCACAACGUCAUCCAUGUGGCGGAUGUGUUUCUUUGUAGGCUCUGUUCAAAGCGAGACGGCCACAGAGAUCGAGCGCACACGGUCGUGCGAGUCCUGUGGGUUUCCAAUGUUGCAACGACUGAAUGGCACGGAUAUUUCGCACGACGAUAUUGCGACGGUCGAACGAGAAAUGGGGCGCAAGUUGCGGUACGAUGCUGCUCCGCCCGUCGCAUUCGAGGGGGACACGGGGAGCGCAAAGAAGGGCAAGGCCACUCGCAAAACCGUCAAGGAAUUGCACUACAAGCAAUCGAAGUCGGCGACGUUUCCCGCGCCGACCAAAGUGCCGCUUCUGCGGUAUGCAAUCGACGGCAACACUGUCCCCGAGCCUCUUUAUGUGGACGACGACUCGGACGCUGCGGAUUUGCUCAGAGUACUUGGCGAUCGGGUUGAAACAGAAGAAAUGGAGAGGCUAAGGCGGGAGCUGCGCCUCGGGUUGGUCCUUCACGACGGCGGGGGCGCCGAUGCGACCGUUCCCCCUACGGCAAGUGACGUGGCGGUUUGGGAGGGUGCCACGUGGAACACUACGAUUCAAUCGUUUGACAGCCUCGCCAACGAUCAGCGGUGCUGGGUCCGCGAAAAGAGCAAGGUUGCCACUGACGCGUCAUUGAAAGAUAACCCGUUCGAGGCCAACGUUGUGCUGGGCAACAUGAUUCAAGCUGAGCGAUCGAGGCGGCUGACCCAGCGAGCGGUGGACGUGCUGACUGCGCCAGCCUGGCUGAGCCAUCCCAAUGGUUGUGGACGAGGCAUCCCCACGGCGGGAGCACCGUCGACCGGGUGCAGCGCCGGUGACCAAUUGAUCGAAAGACUCAAUGCCCAGCACACCCGACGUAUCGUGGAGCGAAAUUACAAGCUGACGGAGGCGUUCUGCAAGCAGACAUUUCAAGUGGGCAGUGUAGCUUUGGCCCCUGACAUUCGAGACGUGAUCGAGGCGGACCAUAAACACAUGCAAGUGGCAAACACAAAGCUCAUGUCCAAAGUUGCCGUCAAGUGCGACCUGCCCUUAGUCGACUCGAUCGAUUUGACCCUCAGUCGCGUGCGCAACGACAAUGCCGUCGAGAGCGUCGUCAAGUCGCUCAAUUCCAAGCACGAGAAGCGGUUGGUCCAGGCACUGAUCGACUCGGAUCAACAAGUAGUCGAAGAGGAGGUGCGCCGCCAGAGAAUCCAAGAACACAAGGAUCGGAUGGACGUGAUUGCGUGCCGAGCGCGGCGUCCCAAGUCUGCCACGUCUGCCCGAAAGGUAUCAGCAUGGCAGAAGCGAAAUGUCCAUGCUCUCGCGGCGCGGAGCAAGCCGAGUAAGGACAGCGUGGCGAGAGAAUUGACAGGGAACGUCGAAAGACAACAGUUGGGAGCACGGCGCCGCAUCUUGCCGUAUCAAACGAUCGAGCGAGUGGAGGACGCAAGGCUCGACACGCUACCCCGCGUCACGACCAAGGAGCUGCUCGUGCGCUGUGCGGACAUUCGCAUGCAAUCGAAGGAAAGCCUGAUGGACCUGGCGCGGGCCAAGAACGAGUUCGUCGAGGCUGAAAUUCAGUGGGAACUCCAUCGACGCGACCCAAUCGAGCUCCUGCGUCGCAAGGUCCAGGCGACUGCGUGCGAAGGCAACGAAGUCAUGAUCGGCAAUCAGGAGUUCAUCUACUCGGCGUUUUAG